AUUUAUUUCGAAAAUACUUACAAAAUACAUAAUAAAUAAUAAAAUUUGUGAUCGUUGUAAUGGCAGCCACAAAAUGAUCUGCCGUCUGUUGAAAUUUUCUUUAUUUUGCCGAAUUAUUAUAAUAUUUUUACAGGUUGUCUUUAAUUUCUGUGUUCCUGAUCACGAUGCAGAUGCGUUUCGCCUCCCACACGUACCAGAAGAGGGUUUUACUAAUGCUGCAGUGUCUUUCUUAUUAUCAGGAUUUUCUCACUGGGAUGCUCAGUACUUCCUUCAUAUAGCUUUGUAUGGCUAUACUCAUGAGAACACUUUGGCCUUUUUCCCCUUAUUUCCUUUACUUUUACGGAAAGCAUCGAGUGGGAUAUCCUAUGUCACUCCUUCUGUUUUGAGUGAUUUAAAUCUUUCCAUUUUAUCCGGAAUCGUGUUGAAUACAAUACUAUUUGUAGCAGCUACUGUCUUCCUCUACAAACUAACUCAUACUGUCUUCCACUCUGAGAUCAUCGCCUAUACAUCUGCUCUCUUGUUUUCUAUAAACCCUGCUUCAAUUUUCUUCACGGCUUUAUAUUCUGAGAGCUUAUUUUCGUUCUUUACUUUUGGAGGACUGUGGGCACUAGAAAGUGGUAAAUUAGUGAUCGCUUUGAUACUCCUUUCGUUGAGCGCCGGUGUACGAUCGAACGGCGUACUUUCUGCUGGGUUCAUUAUUUAUUGCCUCUUGAAACAAUGCGUCAAUUCCAGAGCUAUAUCUUCUCACAAGUCUUCCAGGAGAACAUUAUUUUUAACAUUCAAUAUAUUAAAGAUCAUCCUGUAUUUAAUCCUGUUCAGUAUUCCAUUCAUUGCUUAUCAGACAUACUGUUACUUUUUGUAUUGUACAGAUAUACUGUCUGAGCCAGAAGUGCCUGAGGUAGUUUGGGAUUUCGUUACAAAGAAUGAUCUCAAAAUUCCCUCUGAACCCAGCAAAUGGUGUUUCUGGAAUAUUCCUUUGUCAUACUUUUAUGUACAAAAUCGAUACUGGAAUGUAGGAUUUUUAGAAUAUUUUACACCGAAACAAAUUCCAAAUUUUUUAUUAGCUUUCCCAGUCUUAUUUAUCAUUGUUUUUUCUGGUGUUAAAUAUUUGAACAAAAACUGGCACGAACUGUGGCAUUUAGGUCUUCUAAUUCGUCAGUUUCAAGAUCCAACUGAUGUUUACAGCUACUUGAGAAGUUUUCCGUAUUUCAUACACGUAUUAGUACUCUCUCUAUUCUCAACUUUCUGUAUUCAUAUCCAGGUUUCAACUAGAAUGUUGUGUUCAUCCAGCCCAGUUUUGUAUUGGAUUGCAGCCAUGACACUCCUACCAAGUGAUGAAAGAGCUAGAUUUAAAUUUCUCAAAGAACAUUUGAUUCGACCCGGACUCGCGGGAGACCUACAAUUCAUGAAAAAUCUUUUUAUUAAAUCUUCUAUUUGGGGCAGAUUGAUAUACUGUUACUUCUUGUCUUACUUACUAGUUGGGACUUUUCUGCAUGUUAACUUUUUACCGUGGACAUGAUCUCUUCUGAUGAGAGGACUGAAAAAAAAAUCAAAUUUGAUCUUUCUAGUCAUUUCACUUGUAAUGUUUUAACACUUAAUAUUAAAGGUACGUGCCGAAUGGAUUUGUAAUGUAUUCGAUUUAAAACAAAUUGAUUAAUUGUAAUCUGUAAAAAGGUGUAGGUUAAGCAAACUCGUAUGUAGGAUUUCAAAUUUAUACAUAGAUUUAAAGCGAAUUAAUCAAGACUUUAAUAGAAUUGUAAUCUUAGUUUUGAAGAUUUAGCAUCCAACAAAAGACUUCAUUUUGUAGUCUGGAACUGCAAAGAAUGAAAAAUUUAUACUGUACCUGAUAAUGAGUUUGCGCCAAGUGCAUAAAUUGAUGCACAGCUACUUGUAUCAUGAUUAUAGUGCCAAAUGAUGUGACUGCAAUGGUUGUAAAAGCAUAUGUUUUCUUGUUAUGUUCAAAAGCAUUUUUAUGUUGCACAGUUUAUUUUUUCUUCUAAGUUUAUUGCGAAACCUCUGAUCUUACGUCUUCCAGAGAGGUAAUUUGGCAUGCAUGUAUUUCUUAAAAAAUGUAAAAUGAAUUUUUAAAAUUAACAAGACAUUCUCCUGAAUAUUCAAAAUUAAACGUAAUUAACGAAAUUACAACUUAAUCGUACCAAACUGUGAUAUAGUCAAUAACAUUACAUAAACAUUGCUAAACUUAGGGCUAAGCAAUUGAAAAUGCAUUUAAAUCUUCAGGUAUGCAUCAAAUAUAUACACUUCGAGGUUGUUGUUUUUUUAUAGUACCAGUGUAUCACUAUAUUUCUGUUUAUAUGUUUUUAUUGGCAUAAUCUUUACAUUAUUUGUUAUUUAAUUUUUAAAUAUGUUAAAAUAAUUAUGUAUUCAUUUUUACGCAUUAAAAGAAUCAUUUUUUAU